AGACUCUGUGAGAUCCCGAUACUAUCACACAGAACACGCUGUUUAACGAGCCUGUGGGGAAACGCAAUCCCGUCUUCAUUGGCCAGCGGGCGGAUUUGAUGUAACGCGCCGGCAGACGAACCCGAUGCCCUGCAGAUGGUGCCGCUCAGCUGCGCAUUCGGGCAACCGCGAGCGCAGCAGACGCAUCACCAAACCUCUCACGCGCUUGCCGCUAAGCGCGCCGGACUGUGCGCUCCAGUGCGCGCUUCUUACAUAAACUAUCCGGUCGUGUCUCUCGUAUGAUUGCGCGUUGACGCGUGACGUCGGCUGAUUUCAAUUAAGUUGCUGUCAUUGCGCGUGGGAACAGAACGGAGCCCUAAACCGGUACGCGUCAGAUUCGUAAGCAGUGGAUGCGUUUCAUCGCACAGGGACGCGACGCGCUUCUCUUCGUCUUUGGAUUUGGUUUUGCACAUCACUCUCGUCCCGUACAGGAUGGGUUUCCUCGCGCUGCUGGUUCUGUGCGCUUUUACCGGUACGGUGUUCGGGGACGCUAAAGCCAGGACAUGCACGGACCUCAGACACUUCUAUAACACCAAGGGCUUCAAUGGAGACGGAGUCCCGCACACCGAAAUAUCCGGUGAGCAUCUGCGGGUGUGCGCUAAAGAAUACACCUGCUGCACGAGUGGGAUGGAGGAGAAUUUUUUAAACCUGAGUAGACGAGAGUUUGAGACUCAUGUGAGAGAGACUGGACGAACCCUACAAGCAUCUAUCAGCAGCCAGUACAAGAGCUUUGAUGAUUAUUUCAUCCAGCUUUUGAAUCGUUCUGAAGCGUCGCUCCAAAGCUCCUUCCAGUCGGGGUUUGGACCUCUCUUCUCGCACGUUACCAAGGUGUUUCAGGACCUGUACUCGGAGCUGCGGAGGUACUACAAAGGGACCAAAGUCAAUCUGGAAGAGGUGGUGAAUGAAUUCUGGGCCCGUCUGCUCGAGAGGCUUUUCAAAGCUUUAAAUCCUCAGUAUAGCAUUGAGGAAGAGUAUCUGGAGUGUGUAGCCAAACAGUCGGAAACACUUAAGCCUUUCGGAGACACGCCGAGAGAGAUGAAGACCAGAAUCACACGUACGGUUUUAGCUGCAAGAACUUUCCUGCAAGGUCUGGUGGUGAGCGGUGAAGCGCUCAGGAAGGUUUCACAGGUUCCUCUGAGCACUGAAUGUGUUCGUGCUGUAAUGAAGAUGACGUACUGUCCUCACUGUAGUGGUGUGGCCUCUGCUAAGCCCUGUUCAAACUACUGUAAGAACGUCAUGAAGGGCUGCCUUGCCAAUCAAGCAGAUCUGGACUCUGAGUGGAGGAACCUGGCAGAUGCCAUGCUGCAGACCGUUGAUAAACUGAGCCGACCUUACAGUGUGGACUUAGUGGUUCUGUCUUUACCCAAGCGUAUCGCUGAAGCUGUCCUCUAUAUGCAAGACAACCUCAACACUUUCAACAACAAGGUGUUUCAGGCGUGUGGUUCACCUUCGCUGAGCUUCAGUCCUGAGGAUCAGAUCAAGCGAGGUAAAAACACAGCUGAUGAGGUCAGCAGCACACCGGGAGCUCAACUGGAGAAACUGUUAUCUGAUGUGUCGAGGAUGUUAAGAGACGUGAUGCAGUACUGGAUUCUUUUGCCAAGUAAACUCUGUGUGGAUCGUGAAUCUGGACCCAGUGAAGUGGACAGAUGUUGGAACGGCAUUGAUGUCAAUAGGUAUUUGCCCGACGUGAUGGGAGACGGGUUGGCUAAUCAGAUCAAUAAUCCUGAGGUGGAGAUCGACAUCACCAAACCAGACAUGGCAGUACGCAAACAGAUCAUGCAACUGAAGAUUAUGGUCAACCGACUGAAGUAUGCCAUCAAUGGGAACGAUGUGGACUUUCAGGACACCAGUGAUGACAUCAGCGGUUCAGGAAGUGGAAUGUGUGCCGAGAACCAGUGUUCCCAGGUUCCACAACUCACGGUCCCAAACACGGACAAACCCAAAGUCUACGCCUAUCCAUCAGAGAACAAGAAGGUGGUGAAUGGCAGAAGCAGCCAGAAUCUUCCUUGCAUCAGCCUUUAUCUUCUCUCACUGGUCACAAUCCUGCUUAGGCGAUAAUUGACAGGCAAAUCCACCAAUUAGGACUCUCUAUAGGACUGGGUUGGAUUGUGGAGGGGUGGGUUUAGUUACAUUGCCAAAACAAAAAUGCAACGGAAACUGGCCAAUGCAUCACUUUUUUGUUGUCUUGAAUAUGAACACCACAGAAUGUUCUUAGAUCUGUCUACGUUUUUGUCUUUUAUUUGAUAUAUGGCACCCCUAGAGCUGGUCUUCUGCUUGCCUUUGUGUCUUUUCUGUGAUGGGAAGGUGCGAAUGUCCGUUUUCAACUGAUUAUCCGACCCCAACAAAACAAGUCAUUGAUGGUGUUACAUUAUAUUUAUUUAUUAAUUAAGACCCUGGCGUUUAUACAACAAAUGUUGGUUUUAGCGAAGACCCUUUCGGCGUGAGAACGUCUUUUAAUGAUUUUCUGAAUGGGUCCCAGAACACAAAGCACAUCUGAAAGAGUCUUUUACUUUCUCAGCUUUCUUUUAAUAAUGAAAACAACCUCUGCAAGGCCUUGUUUGGUUUAUUGCAUAGUAUUUUCUUUGCACACUUGUUUCCAGGGCUGUCCUAAAGUAAACACAACAUGUAUGUAUUCUGGAUGUAAAUAAACAUACUAACACAAUCACAUUUUCAAGCAUAUCUUUAAAGGCCGACAGUACUCGAGCAAUAUUUGGUACUUACCGUAACAAAAGUACACCAGCAUGUGUUGAAGGAUAGGAUGAGAGGUGUAAUUUAAUCACCAUACACCGUCAUGUGUUUUAUGUACGAGUGUGUACUGUGCACUAGAGGUCUUCACGGGUCCACUUAGAUACGAAAACCCAAGGUCCGACCGGAGACCCAAGCGGGUUUGGGUCUUAAAGUUUCAUGUGUGCCUCGGACAAGGGCCAGGUAUUGCAUUAGUGGCAUCGGGUCUUGUGUAAUUUAAAAUGAAUGUGGUUUUGCCGAACGGACCCGAGAAGACCCGAACUGUCUCGCGUAUGUGCAUCGAGCCCUUUAUCAACACCUCCUUUGUUUGCCAAAAGCCCUUACGACAUCAUGUGACUGGCGGUAGGUUAAUUUUCGUUGAGCCAGACCUGUCAAUCAAUUUUGAAUAUACAUUUUAGCGGUUACCUUUGUGUCGUCAUCAGAUAACAGAUGAAAAAAAAAUAGUUAGCAGCGGGCCAAAUUGGUUGCAAGGUUUUUUUUUUCGGUCUUACUGGUGCGUGCAGAGCUGCAGACUGCACACAUGUCACUGCCAUUUACAUUCGGGUACAGUCAGGAUAAAAAUAUAUGACGCUGGUUCGGGUCGGACUCGGGUCUAAUUUUUUCAUCAUUUCGGAUUGAGUGCAUUUCUUUGGACCUGAGAAGACCCCUAAUGUCCAAGUCGAACGAAAGCUAAUAAUAGGAAUAUACUGAACAUGUGUAUUUAAUACAUGCUAUGUUCAUGUCAUGUAAGUGUGUGUUUUAAAUACACACACGGCACUUUUGCGAGUGGAAAAUGUUUAUUGUACGCACACAUAUUGUUAAAACAGCAUUGUAACAUUGCGGUAACAUUUUACAAAAGUCUGGCAGUAUUACCCAAUACAGAUGUUUAAGAAUAGAAACUUACUGUAUGCAAGCACACAAUGAAUGAAAUUUGUGUUUGACCGAGCUUUAAAGGGGCGGUCUCACUACACUUUUCGUUCCACUGACUUUCAUUCAUAUGCAUGCAAAUGCUUCAGACCGGAAAUGAAGAUGCAUUUUGCAUAUUGCUGCAUACCAAAGUUCAUGUACGGCCAUAUUUGCUGCAAUGUCCAAAAAUAUUUGCAUGCUCAAAGUCUAGUUUGACCGCCCCAUAAGACGGGCAUCAGUGAGAUCCUUUCCUCUUUCAAUGAAAUCUCUCCAUGUUUAUAGAAGUUACAGGAAGUGAUGUCACCCAUAGGAUGUACAGUAAUGAUGUCAUUUACAGAUGGAGUGUGCAUCUGACCGGGUCAAACAGAUCAUCACGUCACAACGAUCUCCUAAAACACAUACACGCACAUUUUUGUAAUGCUGCACCUUGCAUGACGCACACAGCCUCUCUUUAAUAGAUCGGUAUCGUCCACCUAUGAUCAGAGAAAUAUCCUGCAGGCAAUUUAUGGAUUGUUUGAAUUGUUUGAUAAAACUAUUUACAGAGUUAUCUGACCUGAAAUCAUUUUUAAAUUCUAGCACGUUUGUUUGCAGAUGAGUGACAGUUCCCAAGGUCAGGAAAACGGUCCCACGUUUAGGUGUAAUGCCUUAUAGUGAUGAAUAUGUCUGAUAUUUUCAAAUCGUCUGAUAUGGAUACAAUAGAAACAAUGCAUUCUGAUAUAUACUGUACUUCAUUAUUUUUGUUUGUUUGUUUUUAAAUGAACAAUGAUGGGGAGUUUGUGUUCAAGGUUUUUUAUGAGGCUGAAGAAAAUGAUUUGUCCAUGUUGUUGUAUGUUCUAUGAAAAGAUUAAGAAACCCUUGUGUCGAUUAUAAACAUCAAACGAUUUUAAAAA